CUGCAGGAAGCCUUUAGCCGUGAAAGUUCAGCUCGCAGCCUAAACUCCCGGUCGUUGGCUCCUGCAGGAACAGCAGCAUGGCUCCGCUGAAGUUCUGCGCGAACAUUACAUGGUUGUUCACGGAGCUCCCGGACUUCAGCCAGAGGAUGUACGCAGCUGCCGCGGCCGGCUUCCAGGCUGUGGAGGCGGCCUGGCUCUACGACUCGGACCUGCAGGAGCUCCAGAGAGCCAGAGAGGCCACCGGGCUGGAGGUGGUGCUCAUCAACACCCCGCCAGGUAACGUAAAAGCAGGAGAUCUGGGUCUUGGAGCGGUUCCUGAAAGAGAAGCAGAGUUCAGACAGAGUCUGGAUCUGGCUGUGAAGUAUGCUCGAGCUUUGCACUGCAAGAGGAUCCAUCUGAUGGCAGGGAGGUUUCCUGAGGACUCUGACCGAACGGCGGUUGCCAAGAACAUGGAGGCCGUCUUUGUGCAGAACCUGAGCUAUGCUGCUGACGUCCUCGCUAAGGAAGGAAUCACUGGAUUGAUUGAACCAAUCAACACAAGGAUUACAGACCCCAGGUACUUUCUGGACUCUCCACAUCAGGCCGCUGCAAUACUGGAGAAGGUUGGAAAGCCAAACAUCAAGCUGCAAAUGGACGUCUUUCACUGGCAGAUAAUGGAUGGAAACCUGACACAAAACAUACAGAAAUAUUUCCCCAUAAUUGGUCACGUUCAGAUCGCUCAGGUUCCAGGCAGGAAUGAGCCUGACAGCGCUGGAGAGCUCAACUACAGCUACCUUUUCAAAACGCUGGAGACCCACGGCUACCAGGGAUACAUUGGCUGUGAAUACAAGCCGCUCAGCUCCACAGCGGAGGGUCUGGGUUGGAUAAAACAGCACUUGACAAGCAAAAAGAGCUGAGCACAAAGCAGACAAAGUGUUCAGGUACUCCACCUGGUGUCACUCUGUUUUUGUUUACUCUGUGCCUUUAAAAUAUGUCACCCUCUUUGAAUUGACUCAACAGUGUUUCUGUCAGAACUCAGAGUGAAUAAACGUAUUUCUUCCUUCUAAUCAUUGCCGCAACUCACACACAUUUGUUCUUUUUUCAGUUGUGCAUUCAUUUCAGGACUAAACUAGCCUAAUUAGCACAGACAUAAGGCUAAAAGCUCCGUUAGUUAGCUGCUUAUUUGUUCGGUGACAGCAGUGAUUCAGUCCAGCAGAGAUGUUCUCCUUCCGUUCAAUAAAGCUCUGCAGCGUAUUAAUGUAUGUCCCUGCUAAUACACAGAGAAAGUCAGAUCACAGAGGCUCUGAUCAUAUUUUGAUUAAUCGUUCAGCUGGACUCAGAGUUGGAGGCCAUUGAUGCACCAAAUCAUUUCUUCUCAUCCUGGUUAGCUUUGGUGUUCAGUACACAGCUCAUUAGUGUUCAUCUUCCUGGCCCUCAUUGGUUGCUAGACUUCACACUGGGAUGAUUUCAUGCACAAAUAAUAACAGCAGCUUUUGUAGAGUUUAGGAAAGAUAAAAUCUUUGUGGUUUAAAAAUCUAUAAUAUGAAAGCAAUAAUUACCUUUGUUAGAAGCACUGGUGUUCUGUUCUGAAACAGAUUCAAACUAAACCAAAACCUGCAGUGCCUUUUAAAAGUGUUCACCUCCCUCAGAGGUUUUCCCUUUUAAUUCCUUUUCAAAACUGAACCAUUAUUAAUCAAGCUUUUUUUUGACAAUUAUAAAAAAAGGAUUCUUUCAUGUCAAAGUGAAAACAGAUUUGUACGAAAUGUCAUGUUUUCAUUUACAGAGUACAGUUGUAUUACAAUUCUAACCAAACAACAAUUGCUCAACAGUUGAUAAUGUCUUGAUUUCUGAAGUUUCAUGAGCUAAAAUUUCUCUCUGACAUAGCCUCAGAAUGUCACAUUUAAGCUUCAAUUUUUCAAAGACACGUAAUGUCAUUUACUAAAGAUAUAAAACACAAAAUAAAUGAUAGCAUAAAAAUGUAUCCCCUUUACACUGUUCAACACAGGUGCAGCCUAUAAGUCAUACAAUUUCUUUACUUUGACAUGAAAGGGUUUUCCCCGAAAAUCCUAACCCAAAAAAAGGCGCAUUUGAGGAUUCUGUGUUGAAAUGCAGUAAAAGGAGAACACUUCCAAGAGGACUUAAUACCUUUAUGGGCACUGUAAAUGUUGGAACCAAAUAUAUAAAAUCUAGUUUCAAUCUAAGUCUGUACCAAGAUGUAGCUACAUUUCUUACUCUACACAUGUGUUGAAAUGACAAAUUCUCAUCUAAAUGUCAUUGACUGAUCAUACACCAAUCAGCCUUGACGUGAAAAUCACCUGUUACAUAUUGUGUAGAUCCCCUUGUGCCAAAACAGUUCUGAUCUGUCGAGGCCUGAACUCCACAGACCUCUGAAGGUGUUUGUGGUAUCACCAAGAGGUUAAUCGCAGAUUCUUUAAAUCCUGGAAGUUGAGCCUCCAUGCAUGUUUUUUUUUUUUUUACAGAACCACUUAUGAACUGUACAAAUUUUAUUACAUAGCCUAUUUUAUCAAGUUAAAAGAUACUACUUUGAACUUUUUACUGUGAAAUCAAAAUUUGGAUAAUUAUACAAGAGGGCCCGUAUGAUUGUUUUCUUUUAUUGUUUUCAUGUAAGAUCAUAAUUAAACUGAUAUCUUUUUCCCAUAA